AUGUUUCGCGGGCUGUAUGGGGGCGCCCCAGAGGCCAGCUUCCACCUCGAGCUGGAGUAUGGGCCCCCAGAUGAGCCUGGAGCACCCCCCUCGCCGCCCGCGCGGGCGUCCGCCAGCGGCGCGGCGUACACGCCGCACCCGCCGCCGCCCGGCCCGCGCCUAGACAUCGACUGGUCCCAAUCCGACGAGGAGGCGGCCGUCACGGGGCGCCUCGCGCGCGCCGCCGCCGCGCUCGUCGCCGCGCACGCGUCCGAGCGCGUCUCGGUGACCCUCUCCGCGGCGCCGCCGCCCGACCCCGCCCCAUCCAGCGCCGGCGGCGCCGUCGUCCUCGCCUCGGAAUUCCAAGAGCCGCCCGCGCCGCGGCUGGAGCUGCGGCUGUCCUACACCCGCACGGCCCCGGUCCUGAGGGCGCUCACGUUCAAACGGACCUCCGGAUCUGGCGCCGCUUCCGAGUCUCUCGUCACCGCGCUGCUGCGCCAGCUGGACACCAGCACCGCGCGGCGCCUGAAGCUCUGCGAGGGGCUCGGCUGGGCGGCCGCCGCGUGGGGCGUGGAGCCGCGGCGGUGGGGGGCGCUGCGCGGGCUGAGCCUCAGCGGGUGUGGGCUGGCGUCGCUGCCGCCGGUCGUCGGGGACCUGCCCCGCAUCAAGGUGCUGAGGCUCAGCAACAACAAGCUGACAGCGCUGCCGGCAGAGAUUGGCCGCCUGUCUGAGCUGGAGCUGCUGGCGGCAGACAACAACCUGCUGUCGGCCGUCCCCGCGGACCUCCAUUACUGCCGCGCCCUCCGCGAGCUGGACCUGUCCAACAACAGGAUCGCCAAGCUGCUGUUCGACCUGCGCACCCUGGGGCGGCUGGAGAGCCUGCAGCUCUACGGCAACCCACUCGAGUACCUGCCAGAGCUCACGCCCGCCACCGCCCUGCGCUCCCUGUCCCUCGCAAAUGUGCGCAUCCUGUCGGACGCGGCCUUCUCCCGCUUUGAGGUCGAGCUGGCUGCCCCUGCGACCACCAGCUACAGCGCCAUCGUGCUGGGCGUCGCGCCCCACAAGCUCACGCCGCUGUUCGGCCUCAUCUUCAAGCGCAGCACCAUACAGCACCCCCUGCUGGCCGGGGCACUGGCGCGUCUGUGUGAGGACCCCUCCAACCUGGAGCUGCUGGCCAGGGAGGACGUGGCGCUGCAGCAGCUCGUCGCAAUGGCCAUCAGCGACGACGCGCGCGUGAUGCGCCACGCGUGCGCCAUGCUGUGCGCGCUGGGCGCGGUGGGGGACGCGUCGUCCCGGCUCGUGCGGGCCAACGCCAUCCGCGCGGUGUGCGUGCUGGUGGGCUCCGACGACAAGUCUGAUGCGCAGUCCUAG